AAAACAUACAAAACGUACACAAAACGUUAAAAUUAAUUUUAAUAAUUUAUUGAUUUACUUUGAUGUUAGUAAACAAAAACAUAAUAAAUAUAUUUUUAAUAGUGUAAGGUUAUUAAGUGUUAGUAAACAAUGAAAUCACAAAAACGUGAUAGAAAACAUAAACAUCAUGAUAGAAAAAAAUCUCAUUCAACUGAUGAUAAUAAUUAUUCAUCUAAAAAACAUCAUCAUGAUUAUUAUGAUGAUCAAGUGCCAAGUGGUUCAAAAGAUUAUCAAGAUUAUCACUCAAAAAAACAACCUGAUGAUGAUGUUGAUGAUCAAUUUCGCUUCAGUAAAUAUACCUACGAGUUGAAUAAGGUAUUUUCAACAAAUACAAAUCUCGUUCAGGAUCCUCAAGAUUUUUGGGCUUUUGUUAAAAAAUAUGAAGCUGUUCAAUUAGGAAAGUCAAAAGACACAUCAACACCAUCACAAGAAUUAAAUUCAAUUGGUGUGCCAAUAAAUUAUCACAAAAGUCAUUCAAUAAAUUUUAAAUUAAAUAUAAAAUUUGGUGAAUUAUUUGCACGAGUACCAUCAACAAAAUCAUUAACAGAAAAACGUUUAAAUGAAUUUAAAAAUAUAAUAAUUCUUUAUCUUGAUUUUAAACAAAAAGAAAAAUUUAUAAAAUUAAAAAAACUCAGAGAUAGUCAAUUAAAUUUACCAGUUGCUAAACAUAAAGAUGAAAUAAUAAAAGCUGUUAAAGAAGAACGUGUUGUUAUAAUUGCUGGUGAUACUGGUUGUGGUAAAUCAACUCAAGUACCACAAUAUCUUUAUACAGCUGGUUAUAAUAAAAUAGCAUGUACACAACCAAGAAGAAUAGCAUGUAUAUCAUUAGCAAAACGUGUUGCAUAUGAAACACUUACUGAAAAUAUUAAUCAAGUUGGAUAUCAAAUACGUUUUGAAAAGCAAAAAAAUCAAAAUACAAAAAUAACAUUUAUUACUGAGGGUUUAUUAUUGAGACAAGUUUCUGAUGAAAAUGGAUUAUCACAAUAUGAUGUUAUUGUACUUGAUGAAGUACAUGAAAGACAUUUAUAUGGUGAUUUUUUAUUGGGUAUUAUGAAGUGUCUUAUUCAUCAACGUGAUGAUCUUAAACUUGUCUUAAUGUCUGCAACAAUAAAUAUAAAUUUAUUCAGUCAAUAUUUUUCAAAAGAAGAAGCUAAAAUUAUUCAAGUACCUGGACGUUUAUUUCCAAUUCAACUUCUUUAUAAACCAAUAACAAUUGAUGAUUUAAAAUAUAAAAAUGAUAGAUUUAAUCCAAGUCCAUAUGUACAAAUAUUAAAUUUAAUUGAUCAAAAAUAUAAUAAUGAUGAAAAAGGUGAUUUAUUAAUAUUUUUAAGUGGUAUGAGUGAAAUUACAGCAGUUGUUGAUGCUGCAAAUGAAUAUGCAAAAAAAAAAAAUAAUUGGAUAAUAUUACCACUUCAUAGUACAUUAUCAAUUGCUGAACAAGAUAAAGCAUUUGAUUAUCCUCCAGAUGGUGUUAGAAAAUGUAUUGUAUCAACAAAUAUUGCUGAAACAUCAAUAACAAUUGAUGGUAUACGUUUUGUUGCUGAUAGUGGAAAGGUUAAAGAAAUGAGUUAUGAUCCAACAUGUAAAAUGCAAAAAUUAAAAGAAUUUUGGAUAAGUAAAGCAAGUGCUGAACAAAGAAAAGGUAGAGCUGGACGUACUGGUCCAGGUGUAUGUUAUAGAAUAUAUACUGAAGAAGAAUAUGAUGGACUUGAUAAAUAUUCAACUCCAGAAAUUCAACGUGUACCACUUGAUUCAUUAUUAUUAUCAAUGAUGUCAAUGGGUCUUCCAGAUGCACGUAAAUUUCCAUUUAUUGAACCACCACCAUCACAAAGUAUUGAAAAUUCAAUUUUAUCAUUAAAAGAACAUGAAGCAUUAACUGAUAAUGAAAAAUUAACAUGUAUUGGAAAAACAUUAUCAAAAUUACCAGUUGAUAUUACAAUUGGUAAAAUGUUAAUAAUGGGAUCAAUAUUUCAUCAAGUUGAACCAGUAUUAUCACUUGCUGCUGCAUUAAGUAUACAAAAUCCAUUUACAAAUCGUUCAUUUAAAGAUAAAGAAUGUGAAACAUCAAGAAAACAAUUAGAAUCAGAUCAUGGUGAUCCAAUAACACUAUUAAAUGCAUACAAAGAAUGGCUUGAAAUAAAAAAAGAUAAUUCACAUGAAUCAUCACGUGGUACAUCAUCAAAUAAUUCAAGUAAAAAAUGGUGUAAAAGACGAGGUCUUGAAGAACAAAGAUUUUAUGAAAUGACAAAGUUACGUACACAAUUUAAAGAUUUACUUAAAGAUUGUAAUUUAUUAAUAAAUAUUAAUGAAACAAAUAAAACAAUGACAUCAACUGAACGUACACUUAGAUAUGGUGAAUUAAAAUUAUUAAAAUCAUUAAAAAGACAAUAUAAACAAACAGCACCAAGAAUUAAAAAAAAAUUAAAAAUUGAUGAAUUUAAUUUACAUUCAAAUAAUGCUGAUGAUGAUGAUGAUGAUGGAAAAAAUAAUGAAAUUGAUAUUAAAGAUAUUGAAUUUCGUAUGAGAAAUGAUUCAUCACAAGUUAAAAAUUUAUUAAAUGCAAGUACUGCAUGUAGUUAUAAAGAUUUAACAAUGUUAAAAUUAAUAUUAUGUAGUGGUCUUUAUCCACAAUUUGCAAUAUCUGAUGAAUUUAAUUAUAGUAAAACAGCAAGUGAACAAUAUUUUCAUACACGUUCAAAGCCAUAUGUUGCAUUACAUCCAAUGAGUUUUUUUGGUAAUCAUACAGAUGUAUUAAAACUUGAAGAAUCUGAUAUUGUUGAUAUACCUGGUUAUAAAACAAAAAUUCCAAUAAGUUGUAAACAUCAGUUGCUAGCAUAUUUAUCACUUCUUGAAACGACAAAACCAUAUCUUGUUAAUACACUUAGAAUGCCAGCAGCACAAACAUUAUUUUUAUUUUCACAAGAAAUUGAUACUAAUUCAACAUUUACCAUGAUUAUAUGUGAUUCUUGGCUACAGUUAGCUUUUCCAAUUCCAGAUAGUGGACAAAAUUUACUAUUUAAAGCAACAAAAAUACGUGAAAAAUGGAAUUAUUUAUUAACAAAACAACUUGAAGAAUCAAAACAAUUAGAUAUUAAUAAAAAUCAUGAUAUUGAUAAUAAUAUUAGUGACAUUGAAGAUGAAUUGAGUCAUGAUUUAGUUGAAUUUAUGCAUACAAGUGUACCAUAUACAAUAAAAAGACUUCUUUCUGCUGAUUUAAAAACAAUGUACGUUGGUCGUGGUUACAAUGAUGAGCCAAUAAAUCCAAAUCCAUUUCAUGAUGAUUUUACAUCAAUUGUCAAUCAAACAAAAGGUGGUAUUUAUUUAACAAAUAAUAUAACAUACAAUUGUCUAAUGGAAAAUGAUUGGAGUGAUAAAAUUCAUGGAGAAAUGAUGAGUACACCAUGGAAAUGUCCAGAUUGUCAUAUCGAAUCAAUCAUGUCAAGUAUACAAAAAUUACAACACAAAAAAUUAUGUAAUAAUUAUGAUAAAAAAAUUGAAAAAAAACAAACCAAAAUUAUAAAAAAACCAAAUAGCCAAGAAUAUAAUUGUAUUGAUUGUAAAAAAAUUAUGUAUUUAACACCAAUUGAAAUAUUAAAACACAAAAAAUUA